AAGGAAACAACCACACACUCUGUUCAAGAUACACGUUUAAGUGCACAACAUGGCUUGCAUGUGUCAGCUGCACCUUUGUGUAAAAGAAGUGGAUUGAUGUGGUAAGCAUGUUUGUUUGACUUUUUUUUCCAAAGGUGUAUUUAUAGAAUUGUUCUUUAACUGCACAGUGGAGGUGUUAAAUAUGUCUACAAUGAUAGUCAUCCAAAGCAUCCAAACCAAAAUGUGGUUUACAAAGUCAGUUAUCAGUUAUCAGUUAUCAGUUAUCAGCCAGUAGCGAAACCUCAUUAUUGAUUGGUUUGUUUUAUACCUCUUUGUUAACAUAGUUGCAUACACUUAUCAAAAUGAUGCUCUAAUCUCUGCUUUAAUGUACUCAUUAAGUACAUAUUUUGUAUUUAAUUAAAUAAUAGUUCACAUAAAUAAGAUUUAGACUUAGACUUACUACUAAGUAGUAGUAUAUUUUUCAAACUUCAGGUAAAAAAAAACUUUUUUUCUUCUUCCUGUUUGUUUUUUUCUCACUGUGUAACAAUAAUGUAAACUUGUUUUAUAUCUCCCUUAAUUAUUCAUAUAUUUUACUUACUUUUUAUUCAUAUUCAUUCACAAACACAUACAGAAAGUGUGCCGUUUUCGAUUAGUCCAUUGGGGGCGAUAGUGGGACAGCAGCACUGUAAAGUACACCUCAAACGAAAAGAAGUAUUUACGACAGUAGGUUGUGUUAUGCGGCACAUGCCGUAACACAAGCUGAAUGCGGCACCGCUGAGAAAAAUAUAUUCGAUGUUGUUAAGAUACUGAAAGAGAAACUGUCAGACGAGGUUUGUUCAGAAAGUGAAAAUCGGCCACUGUUCUUCUUCGUACUGGUCUUCCAUUCGACGUUGUUUGCAGUCGAAAGUGCGUCUGUAAAUCGGGGUAAUUGUAACCAGUGAGCGAAUUUCCCUCUGUGAGCUAGGAACUCCACCAAGUGUAAUCCUACAGCGGGUUUGUACACUGAGCCUCUGCCCCUCUAAAAACGAUGCUAGUCACCGUUUUCUGUGCGCCGAGGGAUCGACCAGAGUCCACCUUCGCCCUCGACGUGUCCCCGGAACUGGAGCUGAGAGACUUUGUAGCACUUUGCGAACUGGAGUCUGGAAUCCCAGCAGGGGAAAUCCAGAUCACAUACAUAGAACAGCCCCUCAAAGACCCCACCCGUGCCUUGGGGAACUAUGGAGUAAAAGACGGAGAUGUGGUCAUUCUCAGGCAAGCUGACAGGAGACCACCACCCACCCAGCCAGCCUUUCCAGGUCUGCCCCAUAUUGACUUCCGAUCAAUCACUGUACCAGGCACCUCGUCUUCAAACAGUCAGCCCCACCCCCCCCGCGCCCAGCAGCAGCGUGCUCCUCAACCAUCCACACCCAUGGCCUUCCGUGGCUCCUCCCCCCAGGGGAUGGACAACCCUGCCUUACUCCAGCAAAUGUUGUUGUCGAAUCCACAUGAGCUGUCACUCCUGAAGGAGCGAAACCCACCGCUGGCUGAAGCUCUUCUGAGCGGAAACUUGGAACGUUUUACCAAAGUGCUGCUGGAGCAACAGCAGGAUCGAGCCAAGAGAGAGCAGGAGAGGAUCAGACUUCUGACUGCAGAUCCGUUUGACUUAGAGGCUCAGGCCAAGAUAGAGGAGGACAUCAGACAGCACAAUGUUGAGGAGAACAUGACCAUCGCGAUGGAGGAGGCCCCCGAGAGUUUCGGUCAGGUCGUCAUGCUCUACAUUAACUGUAAAGUCAACGGUCACCCAGUGAAAGCUUUUGUCGACUCAGGAGCUCAGAUGACCAUAAUGAGCCAAGCGUGUGCUGAGCGCUGCAACAUCAUGCGGUUGGUGGAUCGACGCUGGGCCGGGAUCGCCAAAGGAGUGGGCACCCAGAAGAUUAUAGGCAGAGUUCAUUUGGCUCAGGUCCAGAUAGAGGGAGACUUCCUCCCUUGUUCUUUCUCCAUUUUGGAAGACCAACCUAUGGAUAUGCUGCUUGGCCUGGAUAUGUUGAAGAGGCACCAGUGUUCCAUCGACCUGAAGAAAAGCGUGCUCCUCAUCGGCACCACCGGCACGGAAACACGUUUUCUCUCGGAGGCUGAGCUGCCGGAGUGUGCCCGCCUGGCAUACGGAGCCGAGGGACGAGAAGAAGCUCGUCCAGACGAGAUGGCGGACAGGGAGCUGGCGGAGGCUCUUCAGAGGUCCAUACAAGAGAGUGGACAACACUGAUGCAUUUGGAGACAGCUGGAGAGGGCCCCACCAAACAGACACUGCAGAUGGACAAACUACCUCACCUCAGCCUGCACCAUUUACAUUAGCCAGAACAUUAGACCCAACAGCUCCAUCCACGUCAACCCAAAGCUCCUGCGACCAGCCCCAAACUGCGGAUCGGUCCGAGUCUCCUCCAGCCACACUGAACCGGGCUCCGGCCUCGGACCAGAGGCCAGAAUCAUCUAGUUUUCAGGAGGUCGCUCCGCCUUCACCCCCCACAGUAACUGUUGAUUCGACAACCCCCCCGGUCCAACUCCACCCUCAGACUGUCCAGUGCGAUUCCGAAAUGUCCCCAGAACCAUGUCCUUCACCCGAUGUCCUUCCUUCACCGGCUCCACCUGCAGGUGUGUCCGUGUCAUCUCAGCAUACAGAGAGUCAGAGACUUUGUACAAACACCACAGGUGACGCUGAACCUUUUGAAGAACUCGACCA